GGAAGUGCCUAAGUUGUGGUUGAAGUGCACGCCCGGGUGAAAUUGCCCGGCUCGCCUGCUUUACACGUGAAACGCCCUCCCUUCACAACUGCGACUUCGGUCCCUUCAGGUUUAGCCGCCCGUCGACCACAUUGACCUUCGACCGCAAACCAACAGUAUUUCGACAUUCCAACAGAUAUAUACGACCACAAGCGGACGCAGUUGCUCAGAUACUUCACUGCGACAACCACCAACGCGACAUGUGAGCGCGACAACCUCCACCAAAUAUGUCUUCUUUCAGCAAUCAAUUGGCGCUGUCAUAGCACGAUAACGCAAUGUCCACCUCCAUCAUGCACGCCCCGCCAGUCGGGAGUGCGUCGCCGUCCAGCAAGUCAACCUUGACGCAACAGAUUGAGCAGAGCGAGGGCGAGCUUACUCCACGGUCCCAUAGAAACACCGUUAGAGGUUCACCCAACAAACCUCGAUCCCUCUCAGACGCCCCCAAACCAGUCCUCUCUCCUUCGCCAGCCUUUCGCGAGCCAUAUCGACGAGUUUCCAAGGAUGACUCGGCCAUCACAAGUCCUUCUACCCCGGGCAAACCUCCCACCCCUCUUCGCGGGCUGAGUUUCAACAUGUCUACAAAAGUCGCUUCAGAAAACCCCUCUGGGGCCGACAUUCCCAGAGUGCCAUUGUCUCCAAAAUUGGACUCUUCCCAGAUAUAUGGUUCUCCCUCUUCCAUGCUUCCUAGGAGGUCCCGAGGUCUAGACUAUACGAGAGCCUGCACAAGCUUGCAUCAGACAACAUUAGCAGAGGCUUCUCCGGAUGCUUCACCCAACAUUGGGAGGGGCAUCCAAAUACCCGCAAGAAAGAGCAUGUCAAACAAUGUGCUUGAAUCACCAAGCAAUCAGUCUAGCAAUCUGUGGCACGCUUUGUCGAACGAGAAAACAAAUCUGUCCAGUUCCGUCAGCAGCAUUAAUAUGCUAGGGUCUGACUCUGAUUCCGACAGUGAUUCUGAUUCUGACGAUAUGGCUAUUGACCGCGAAAUGGACGAUGCAAUCCUGAAUACACCUGCUGCAUCAAGGGUCAACGCAGGACUGAUCACGGGUCUCAUGAAUAGCCCAGGCCUGGAGUGGAUGAAUAACCAGCCAUCUCCUGCACAAGCAAGUCUCAUGAGUUUCCAACCACAUCUGAUGAGCUUUAGGCGAGCUCGCAUGAAAAAGGGGAAAAGUCAACAUAGUUCCAGCAGUGUCAGCAUGAAUAGUUCCAAGCCAUCACCAGGGCCUUUGUCACCUGGUGUAUUGAAGAGCGUGGAGAAUGCCAGCGGCAGUUACUUUGGAACGGGACUAACCAAACGGCAAAUCCAGUCUCGGCGCGAAAGUUUGAGUCUGGGUACCAACGAUUUGCACUUGUCGGACAGCGAAGAUAACAACACCAACAAAGCUGUUACUGGGCAGUCCUCCUCCGAUAUGGACGGUCCUGGCGUUGAGGGCCCUCGUGGCGUCAUUCGCAGAGCUGUUACUCGGAGAAGCAACCUCCUCCCGAAAUCGAAAGGCUUCGCUCGGAUUCGCGCUCAGCUGGCCGAAGAGUCGCAGCCUAUCGAAAGCGAAGCUCGACGCGAAGCAGAAGUCGUUCGACAAGUCCAGGAGAACGAUCCCACCGUGUUGCAAGUCACGUCCCCCAUCAUUCCAUCCAACAACGGGUUUGGAGCUGAAGCGGUGGAAGAUUCUAUCGAAGACAUGAUUAUGGAUUCAACACCUGUGCUUGCGCCUGAUAGCUUCAGCCGUCAAGCAGAAAGACAUUCGGGGGGACCACAAUUUUGGGAAGGCUUCGAUCCGACCCGAUUUCGGACACCUCCGCCUGGCAUGCUACCUCGCGAGAGCUCAUCCGCGAUCAGUGAUGAACUUCUGGACACCCCGGGCUCCUCACUUCCAGACAAUUUAGCACUAAAACAUUUCAACCGUUCACGAUCUAGAUCGGUUACGCCGCUGGCCCCGAAUGGACCCACCGCAGGUGAAGUGGCGCGCCGCGUCAAUAACAAACGACGCAGGGAGGAAGAUUUUGAUCCAUCUUAUACCAAACGCCGCGCAGUCUCUCCCGGUAUGAGUGUCCAAAGCAGUCCGGUAAUUCCGCAAAGCCCAGUCUUUAAUAACGACAAGGCUUGGUCUAAACCUCCACCACCCAAAGCGAACGGCCAACACCAAGGAGACCGCAGUAACAGCGCAGGUAGCUUGAAUGGCACGAAAAAGGUUGGCUUGCAAGGAAUGACUGAAACGAACGAAGGAAUCAUGAGCAUGAGCAUUGACUAAAACAUUUUCUGGGGCACUUUUGAUGGAAGCGAGGCGUUUCGGGGUUCUAUUCAACGCAGGUGUAUUACAUUUGAUUUUUCUUGCCCAGGGCAACAUCAGUCUGUAUCAAGGGGAGACCGAAUGAGGAAGCUACCAUGAUCGUGAAUACUGUCAACAUUGAUAUCGCGGCUUUCAUUGCAAAAACAUUACGUGCUUCGCGUCGAAAAGUGUAGAUCUAUACGGAGUCUGAUACCCCACAUCAGGCUGCGACUCCCUGAACG